CCUUGCGCCCAUGGCUGCUUCUCCAUCACAACCAUCUGCCUUCAUCCCUCUUCAUUCAUUCUCCUCUGGGUAGAUAUCGACUUUUUACAUCCUUCUCAUAAACAUCUGACACAACACACACUCUCAGACAGCAACGAACUCGAAACGACAAAUGCAAAAGACGACACCUACACGAACGCCCAUUUACCGCAAUGCCCCUCUAAACUCACACUCGCCCUCUGCCUCUGCAGCGACCUCCUCAUCACUGAACGAUGCCUCACUAGCCAUCGCAGCAGCCACAGGAACAGUAGGAUCAUCGACCAUGGACCCUAUGUCUUGGGAUGUGCUCCGCAAAGAGGUUCGGCAAGUCGAGAUUGAGAUCGAGUCCAAGUUGACAGCCUUGACAAAAUCGGCUGUCAAGACUGGCGGUGGACAACAGGCUGCAGGAGUUGGGCCUAGCACAGGAGCAGCAGGAGCAGGGCAAAGCAACGGCAUAGGGGCUAUGGGAAGUACAGAAGAAUUAGAAACUAAUAUCGAAGAUCUGCUGGAGAAGCUGAGUGGACUCGUGGAUGCAAUGUCAGGACACCUCGACACACAGACACAGACCAACGGGCAAGCGCCUCUUUCCAUGGUGCAUCUUCUUCAGAAGCAUCGCGAUAUCCUGCACGACUACACCAAGGAAUACAGAAAGACGCGUCAGAAUGUGCGGUCAGCCAGGGACCACGCCCAGCUCCUGAAUUCAGUCCGGGACGAUAUCAGCACAUACAAAUCGGCUUCGGACUACCUGUUGAAUGAGCGGGCAAGGAUCGAUGGUAGCCAUCAACUGGCGGACAGUGCUCUCGAACAAGCAUAUGCAGUGAAAGACGAUUUGAGCAAACAAGGAUCGACGCUUCAGAAUGUGAACCAGCGAAUUAACAACGUAGCAUCGCAGCUACCUAGCGUGGGCCAAUUGAUCGGAAAGAUCCAAUCGAGAAAGAACAGGGACAAUGUCAUCCUGUCCUGCGUUAUCGGAUCGUGCGUUGUUGGUGUGCUAUACUUUGUCAUGUAACCCCUCAUCAAAGGAUGGGCCGUGUGAACAACUUUACGAGAAACCUGUAAUAAAAAAAUGGAUAAUCUACUUGAUAACCGGGGCCGUCAGUCUUACUUGGCAGCCCAUGCGAACAUCUAUUUGCCACGUCGAGUAUGCAAGUCGGUUUCCC